AUGGCGACAACAAUGGUUACUUCUACACCAACAAAGGAGAAGAAGAAACAUUCAUCACCGAAUAAGCAAAAUCGAUCAGCUGGCGCUGGUACACUCAAACGCAAUCCAAAGUAUGAGAUGAAAAAAGAUGAAUUGAUUCAACUACUCGGACGGUUCGAAGCUGAACUUCAAGCAAAAGACAUCGCAUUAGCUGCCUUGAAGUCGGAGAAAGUGAAAGCACUUCUAUCCAACGCACGAUUCGGCCGUCUUAGUUGUCAAACUGAUCCGUACAGUGCAUUGCUUCGAGAUAGUGAACACAUAAAAGAAGAUGUGUUGAACGAACAGAUUCCCAUGAAAAAUGCGUAUGAAACUCAACUUGUUCAACUAGAAGAACUGAUAAUUCAACAGAGAAAACAAGUACAAACGUUGAAAAUUGCACUUGAUAACGCCGAAAAGACUUGUACUUUGUUAGUUCGCGAUCUGGAAAACGAGAAGAAAGAAAAAUGUCGAUUGCAAACUCUCCAAAGUCAGUUAGUUCUCAUUCAAGAAGAAAAAAUUCAACUAAGAAAUGAAAUUAAUUAUGUCAAAUCACACAAUCAAGAAUUAGAACAACAAUUGAGUCAAGUAAUGAAAUUACUUGAGCACGAGCAUGAACGACACAAGAGAUUCGUUGUUCUUCUUUUAAAUGAGCGUAAAAUUGAAAAUGAACAAUAUAAAGAACAAAUAAAACAAUUAUCAAAUAAUCGUUUGAAUGACGAUUCACAACGGGAAACAAAAUUCAAAGAAUUAGAAUCAGAAAACGAACGGAAUAAACAAGUAUUGACAGCACGAAUCACACAAUUACAAAAUGAAAUCGAUCUCUUAGUCAAAGAAAAGCAACAACAACAAACAUCGCCACCAGUACUACCGCCACUGCCAUUGGACAAUAUAUCAUCACCGGACAGUGAAGUCGUUGAAUUAGCAUCCAAACCUCAACAUAAACCACGACAAGUCUCAUCAACAGUUCCAGUAACUGAACCCUCAGCGCCAAACCCAAAUGAAAAGCCAUCAAGUACACCGGGAGGUAUUCGUCGUCCAACCAUCAUUCCAGCACCAUCAUCUAAAAAUGGUACCAGUUCCUUAGCAAAACCGUCUGUUGCUCCACCAUCAAUUCCCGCGCGUACACAGCAGACGUCAUCAAUGACAAACUCAACAUCAUCGAUUCCUGAAGUGCCAUCUUCACCGACACCAGCUGUUGCUAAACGUAAUGCUAUUCCAACACGUGCCGUGUCCAAUGUACCACAAUCACCGUUAAUGUCAAAUCUUCGUUCAUCACCAAGCAAUAGUCAAUCAUCGACAUCGUCAUCUUUAACAUCAUUUUCAGCAUCAACAACAAGUAAUGUGUCACGUGCCGGUGGUAUUCCACGUUUAACGAAAACUUCCAAUCAAAUUGUUAAACCGACAACGAAAGCUGCUGGUUCAGCGAAACGACCUGGCCAGACUAACCUUUCAUCAGAACACAAAAUUGAUGAUCUACAAACCCUGUUAGAACUUAUCCAUACAGUUGCUGAAAAUCGUUUAACAUCGCCGACAGACAUUGCCGAUAUACCAUUAUACACAGACAAAAGCAAUUUGAAUCCCACAUCAUCUUUGACAUCUACAUCAUUAUCGUCCACGACAACCGCAACAUCAUCAUCAUCGUCAUCUUCCUUAUCGUCUCAUUCCGACGUCAUUCUUUUCCGAACUGCUGAGAAUGGAGAUACAGAACAAUUAUUGAAAUUUCUGAAACUUGGUUCCAAUCCAAAUAGUCAAAUGCUCGAUGGCAAUACUUGUCUCCAUCUUGCCGCUGCAAACGGGCACAUUGAAUCCAUCCGUCAUCUACUGAAAUUCGGUGCUAAUCCAUCUAUGGAAAAUAACCUUGGUUUAACACCAUGGAAUAACUUAUCUCGAUUGAAUGAAAUCAAUGAACUCGAAUGUCUGCAAUUAAUCACAGAAAUGAGUGAAACUCUGCCACCCGUAGAUUUGAUCUUUGACGCUGUCGAACACAAUCGUACCAGUACAUUCGGCUAUUUAUUAUCUAUUUUACAUGAUUACGUCAAAGAUGAUCCAUCGUAUGUAUCACGUUUGCUACGAACAGCACUAAGAUCUUCGAAUACAUACUUUCUUGAAUCUUCAUUUGCGAUAAUCACGAUUCAAGAUUUCAUCAAAUGCUUCGAUCCAAAUUCGUUUAUUUCCAAUGAAUGUCUCGCUCUUCUCGCUACGCUACACGAUGAAGAAGCUAAUUCCAAACCAACAAAUCUUGUCGUUCGUAUCAUAUCGCCCAAUCGCGAACGACAAUAUUCCUAUGCAAUAGGCACAAUCUCUGUAACAAUCGAACUGACAUGGCUUGAACUCGAAAGAAUCUGUAUCAAACUAUUUCUCGAUCACAUCACCCAAAUUGACACCCCGUUUGAUUAUGUCAAAUCAUCGAUUGGUUGCACUGCGAAUCAUAUCGAUACUCUCUCGUUGGGUUUAACUAAAUGGCAUUAUCAGGAUAGUCCGAAUGAAGAUUCGCCGUCACCGUAUACGGCUGCGCGUGAACAAGAUUCGAUUUUAAUCCAAUUGAAAGGCAUCGAAAGCAAUGCGACCGAGUCAUUAUCGUAUAAUUAUUUUAUUCCAAGUCAAAAUUUAAAAAAUUUUAUUCGUUUUAUCGAACAAAACUCAUAUGUUGGUGUCUACGGUGCAGCUUAUCUUCAAAAGAAAUCGUUAUUUCAAGAUUUAACAAAAUAUCUCGAACGGUCAUUGUCGAUUUCGGCAAGUCCGAAGUAUAAAGUAGUUCGAUAUGAAUUCGAGAGCGUGGCAAGCUUAGACGAUUGCAUCGAAGAACUAGUUGCUCAAGAUUUUUUCCGUCUAAAUCCCUGGUUGAAUGAUCAACAAUCAUCUACCAAAUAUCUUCUCUUCUUGGCCAACAUACAAAAUAGUGUUGGUACUGAUAUUCUUAAUUUAUUAUUAAACUGUGAAGCCAUUUCUGAUACCUGUCAACAAUUGUGCUACACGAAAGAAAACGAUCCAAAAUCGACGAUAAGUUAUUACUUUCCAUCUGUUUUCCAUGUAUUUGUGACGAUGAGCAAACGUACAUGGUCAACGGAACAUGAAGUGUACAAAAAAUUCAAAUGGAUCCCAUUCAAAAUCGAUAGUGUACCAUGGAAUGGUUUACUCAAGCGACAUUUAUGGAGACGUAUGAUUGAUACUAAUGUUUGUGAAAGUCGACCAGUUGAUAAUGAACUGAUCAAAACAUUGCAAUGGGUGACAAAUGUUUGGCAGCGUUACAAUGAAUGUUUACAAAAACUAAGUCUUCAGGAUGCAUUGUUAGGGCCAGCUUUAUUUUUCGAUUGUCCGAUGGAACGUGAUGCAGUUUUUGAUUGGUUGCAAACAAAAUGGAAUACAAUAGUAGCGCCACUUGUCCGUGAACUUUCGAUGAAUAAAUGUGCUCAACCCAAACCGAAAAGUUCAUCAUCGGCGACUGCUGCUGCCACAGCCAUUGCUUCAUCAUUGCGUGCGAAUAGUCUCGAAAUUAGCACUCCAUAUGAAUCUGUGGCAUGCACUGCUCUCUAUGUUUUAUUGCACCGAGCAGUUUCACGAGACUGUCCGUUAACAGGACAAGAACGCGAACAAUAUUUACUUAACUUUGUUGGUAGCCGUUUGGAAGGUGGCGGUUCAACGUCGAUGAUGUCAUCAGCAGCAUCCAGUCGUGCUAGUACUCCUCAACCAUCGAAUCCAAAUGAAUUCAUAUCCAUCCAACUCGAGUGA